GCCGGGGAUGGGCUGUUGAGGGGCCGAGGUGGACGUGAGGAGGCCGAGGUCGAGGAGAGGGCGGGCGUGACUUACCUGCCGCCCACGACAAGCGUCGUCGUCAUCGUCGUCGUCGUCUCGUCAGAGAUCGAGCGACGGGGGUGGUCUGGAGGUCGUCGCCGUCCUCGUCUUCGAGCUCGAGGAGGAGGGGGGAGCUGGGUGAGGGGGGUGAGGGAGGAGAUGGACGCGGAGGUGGUGGUGGUGCUUACCGUUGGUGGGCGCGUCCACUCCCCGCCUUCUCCUUGCUUGAGGGCGGCGAUGAUGGGGAUGGUGGCGGGCGAGCGAGUGGUGGCGAGCGAGUGGUGGCGGGCGAGUGGUGGCGGGCGAGUGGUGGCGGGCGAGCACGAUAGCGGCGACGAGGGGGAUCGCGAGGGAGGGAGGGAAAGGGAGAGAGAGAGAGAGGGAAAGGGAGGGGAAGGGCGAAGAUGGGAGGGAGGUGGUGGGAGGGCAUCAAGCGAGGGGGAGGAAGGAAAUGGGAGAGGGAAAGGGAGAAACGCAGUGGAGUUCCAAUACGGAAACUCCACUGGAAACUUCCAGGCCUUCGUCGGCUAUUCUAAGUUCCACCGACGCGUCAUUUAUUUUUCAGUCUCAGAUUCGAUCGGAGCUCAAAUUACGAUGACGCGUCCAUCAUCGUUUCCCUCAGCCCUUUCCUCGCCCCACCUCCUACUCUCUCGCCCUCUCGCCUCCCGUUUCCCACCUCCCCUCGUCUCCUCCCUCCUCGUGUCUGCCCUCGUCGCCGCCCCCUCUCCUCGCGCCUGCCCUUGUCGCCGCGCCCCUUCUCCUCCCUCUCGUCCUCGCGUCCAAGCCGCGCCCCCUCUCCUCCCUCUCCUCGCGUCCAAGCCGCGCCCCAAGCCGCCCUCAAAAGGCAGCUCCCCCCUCCAAGCCCUCCUCAAAAGCAAGCCCGCGACGUGCUUGACGUCAAGCCCGCGUCGAGCCCGCGUCGAGACCACCCUCAACCCUCCCGCUCCCUCUCAAGAACAUCCGGCCGGUGAGCCAUCCCCUCCUCUCGGUCUCUCAGCUCUGCGGGCAGGCUUUGCGCCACCGCACGACGGUCGUCUUCGCGACGCCGUCUCGUCCUAG